UUAACAGCAAUCUUUUCUUAAGGACAGAUAAUUCCUAAAUGACAGAAUUAACAGGUCUGAUCAAUGAAGGAAAGAUGCUCUCUGAAAGUCUUUGUUACUUCUUUUGGGAUUUAAAGAAUAUUUCUGAACCUGAAAACAGUCCUGCAAGUAUCACUAGUCCACUGGCAAUCACAUAUACCAGCUUUGUGGUGACCAUGAUUUAUUGCAUUAUUGGGUUAAUCAGCAACGCUAUUGUCAUCUCUAUUACUGGAUUCAUAAUGAAGGAAAAACGAUCUAAUAUUUGGUUUUUUCAUUUAGCUGUUACAGAUUUUCUCUUUUUGCUUUUCUUACCUUUCAAUGCUGUUUCUGAGUUUAAUGGUAGUUGGCAGUAUGGGUCCCAUCUGUGCAAAAUGUAUCAUUUCCUUUCCAAUUGUAAUAUAUAUGCCAGUAUUUUUAUCAUUACUGCACUAAAUAUUGAUCGUGUUUUGUCUGUUGCUAAACCCAUUUGGCAUUCCAGGUUCCUGUCUCCAAAAGUUUCAUUUUGGACCUGCACAUUAAUUUGGGUAAUCACAGUACUUGGAAGUCUUCCGGCAGCAUUUUUCAGUGAUGAAUACAAUAUUGCAGGAGAAACACAAUGUUUUUUGGGCUAUGUUGGAUAUAAUUCAACUGCCAUGGAAAGCAUAGGAGACCCAAUAAAAGAAUUUAGUGAUAAUAAUGAAAGCAAUAAUGAAACUCGAGUAGUAUAUUCAGCAGUGCCCCUCUUUCUAAAAACUGUAAAGUACUACUUUUUUACAACUUUUGAGGAGCACAUUUUUGAAGAACUUCCUCGUUACAGACAACAAUGUAAAAGUAAUGAGUGUUGUGCUACUGAAGACAAAUUAACAAAAUGGAACCAGAUGUUGUUAACUACAGAGAGACUUACAAUUCCUCUUAUAGUUAUUGGUUACUUUAUUCCUCUGUGUGUUAUUCUAUUUUCCAAUCUAACAAUUGCUAUAAAAGUAAGAAAUUCCAAAAGUGUAAAUACUUCCAGGCUGUACAGGAUCGUAAUUACUGUGGUUCUGGUUUAUUUUUUUACAUGGACACCAUUGGUGAUAGCAGAGAUUAUUUUCUUGGUGGCUGCUCACAAUAUGGAUUUUUCACUACUGUCUAAGAUCAGUAUGAUUUUACCCUUACUGACCAGCAUAGCUUAUUCCAACUGCUGUCUUAAUCCCAUCAUGUAUGUGCUAAUUGGAAGAAAUGUAAAAGAUAUACUCAGAGAUUUUGUAUAUAGUAUUACACAAAGUUUUUCAAAGAGUUAGUUUUCAUGGACAAAAUGAUCAUAAAAAAUGUAAACCUAAAAGUGUAAUCCUCACUUUAAUACCAAAUAAUAUUCUUUACACUAACAGCAUAAUGUAUUGCCUCAUAAAUCUAUGACAUCAUCAUAUAAAACGUAGGACAAAUAGAACACAAUAGUAAAUAUAUUUUGAGAAAAAUAGAACACAAUAUGAUUUUUGUAUCUAAAUUAUGGCAUUUAUGAAUGACAGCCUAAAAGUUUAGGUUUCUAAUUUUCAGCAUUAUUAAUAGAUGACAUAAAGGUCCGUCAUUAUAAAGAUAAUGGCAACGUCUUUGUUAAAUAUUAUUCUAUGACACAUAAUGUUUAGGGUACUGGCUUUAAAAUAAAGGAUCAGUAUACUGUUACUUGCAGGGAAAUCAGCUUUCUUAUAUAUUAUCACUUUCUGUAUACAUACAUGCUUCUUUAUAUUACCUCUGUCUGUAUACCAAAGUCCAAUUCUAAUAGAGAACAAUUAAAAAUGAACAUUUUAAUGAU